AUGUCAUUCGCUCAACUUUCGCUCGCGGCCUUGCUGGCCGUGGGCGCUUCCGCCUCACCCUGCUCUGCGACGAACGUCAAUACCUCUGGCGUCGUGGCCUCCGCCUACUUCGCGGGCUACCACGCGAACCGAGGGUUCCCCGUCUCCAAAAUACCGUGGGAAAAGUAUACCGACGUCAAGUAUGCCUUUGCCGAGACGGCGGCGGACGGCAGCCUCAACCUCACAAAGUCCGCUCCCGAUCAGCUUCCCGCCUUUGUCGCAGCCGCCAAGCAGCACAAUGUAAAGGCCCUCGCCUCUGUCGGAGGCUGGAGUGGCAGCCGCUACUUCAGCACCGCCUUUGGCAGCCCCGAGAACAGAACCGCCUUUGUAAAGACCUGCCUCGACUUGGUCGAAAAAUACAACCUCGACGGCCUCGACUUUGACGUCGAGUACCCGGCCCGCCAAGGCCUGGGCUGCAACACCAUCAACGACAACGACACGGCAAACUUUGCCUCCUUCCUCACCGAGCUCCGCCAGAAGCAGAAGAAACAGCUCUACCUCACCGCCGCCACCAGCCUGACACCCUGGAACAACGCCCAGCUGGUCGCCAGCACCAACGGCACCCUCGCCCCCUUUGCCAACACCCUCGACUACCUCAUGAUCAUGGGCUACGACAUUUACGGCCCCUGGGCCGCGACCGGCGGUCCCAACGCGCCCCUCGCCAUGGCCUGCGACGCGCGCAACACCCAGGGCGGCAUCCAGGAGGGCGUCGCCAAGUGGAUCGCCGCCGGGAUCCCCGCCAACAAGCUCGUUCUCGCCGUGGCCGCCUACGGCCACGGGUUCUCGGUCAACGCUACCAGCGCCUUCACCUCGGCCGGUGUCCUCAACGCGUACCCUCCCCAGAACAGCACCCACCGCUUCCAGGGCGGCAGCUGGGACAAUGACCCGGCCAUUGACGAGUGCGGCGCCGCCUCGCCUCCUAGCGGGACCUACACCUUCUGGAGCAUGAUCAAGGAGGGCAAGUUCCUUGAUGAGGAGGGCAAGCCGCUCAAAGGCAUCGCUACCGGAUACGACAAGUGCAGUCAGACUCCUUAUCUCUACAAUGAGACUGCUCAGGUCUGGGUUUCCUACGACGACGUCGAAUCCCUGACGGCCAAGGGCAAAUUUGUCACGUCCAACAAGCUGGCUGGCUUCGCCAUCUGGGAGGCUGGUGGUGAUUACAACAACAUCCUCGUCAACGCCAUUCGCUCGGCGGUGGGCUUGUAA